CGCGUAAAUAGUAGCUUCCCCAAUUCAACAGUUGUGCGUUCAGUUCUUUGUUGUUGUUUGGCCCUCGCAUUUCGGCCGUCGUCUAAGUUUUUAGUGAUAUGCGCGCUAUUCGGUGAUAAGCAGUGUACUUAACAAAUCAGCGACUGUUGACAAUUAGUAAUGGCCAGUGGAUGGGAGCAGCUUGCGAUGUUAACAUAGAAACCGAGUCCCUACCCCCGAAGGCGAACGAAGUGCAAGUGCAAACUGCAGCGUAUACGCGCUUCAGUGCAGCGCCGAUCAACGGAACGGAUCCGAUCUGGAUUGGACAGAAAGCUAGCCCUAGAAUAGCCAGGCCAAAACAUCGGCAGCCAUGAAGUUCGCCGAGCACCUGUCGGCGCACAUAACGCCUGAGUGGCGCAAACAAUACAUCAACUAUGAGGAAAUGAAGGCCAUGCUGUAUUUGGCCGUGGAGGAGGCACCAUCGGUGGAGAGCGUUGAGGACGAUGUGCUGAAGCGUCAUUUUGCCAACUUCGAUGAGAACUUCUUUCAUUAUUGUGACAAGGAGCUAAAGAAGAUAAACACAUUCUACUCAGAGAAGCUGGCAGAGGCCACGAGAAAGUUUGCCACUCUAAAUGCCGAGUUAAAGACCUCCAUUGAGGAGUCGGAGCGAAGCGCCAAAAAGUCCAAGGGUCAGAAACGGCAUGCUGCUCUACCGGAUCGCAAGGCCCGUGAACUGAAGUUGGCCUUCAGUGAGUUUUACCUCAGUCUGAUCCUCCUGCAGAACUACCAGAAUCUGAAUCACACCGGUUUUCGUAAAAUACUCAAGAAGCACGAUAAACUCUUGCGCGUUGAUAGCGGUGCCAAAUGGAGGCAGGAAUAUGUGGAGGCGUCGCAUUUCUUCACAAACAAGGAUAUCGACAAUAUUAUCAAUGAGACGGAGACGACGGUCACUGGAGAAUUGGAAGGCGGCGAUCGCCAGCGAGCAAUGAAGAGGCUUCGAGUUCCUCCGCUAGGAGAACAGCAAAGUCCGUGGACCACCUUCAAGGUGGGCCUCUUCUCAGGCAGCUUCAUAGUGCUGGGCAUUGUGGUCGUGCUGUCGGCCAUCUUCCACGAGAUCAGCGGCGAGAAUCUAAAGGUCACUUUCCGCCUGUAUCGCGGUCCCCUGCUAAUCAUCGAGUUCAUCUUCCUCAUCGGCGUGAAUAUUUACGGCUGGCGGUCGUCCGGAGUGAAUCAUGUCCUAAUCUUUGAACUUGAUCCGCGAAAUCAUCUAUCCGAGCAGCAUCUUAUGGAGCUGGCGGCGAUUUUCGGUGUUGUCUGGACGCUCAGCAUGUUGAGUUUCCUGUACAGCGCCAGCUUGGCCAUACCGGCGUUUAUCAAUCCUCUAACGCUUACGCUGAUUAUGGUGCUGUUUUUGGCCAAUCCGUUUCAUGUCCUCCAUCACGAUGCUCGGUUUUGGCUGUGGCGAAUCACUGGACGUUGUAUAUCUGCGCCGUUCUUUCAUGUUGGCUUCGCCGAUUUCUGGCUGGGCGAUCAGCUUAAUUCGCUGGCCACAGCAAUCCUGGAUUUCGAGUACCUCAUCUGUUUCUAUUUCACAAAUGGCAACUGGACAGAGGCGAGGGAUGCUUCAAUUUGCAUGGAGAAGGAUUUCAUCAUCCGUCCAAUUGUUAACUGCCUGCCGGCUUGGUUCCGAUUUGCACAAUGCCUGCGUCGGUAUCGAGAUUCGAGGGAGGCCUUUCCUCAUUUGGUGAACGCUGGCAAAUACUCCACCACCUUCCUGGUAGUGAUCUUUGCCACCCUCAAGAGCUUUCACAGUCCUAACUACGCCAGCACAUUUGAUAAUCCCUAUACAUGGCUGUGGAUCAUCGCCUCGAUUGUGUCCUCUUGCUAUGCCUAUACCUGGGAUAUUAAGAUGGAUUGGGGUCUGUUCGAUAAGAAUGCCGGCGAGAAUACUUUCCUGCGCGAAGAGGUGGUGUAUUCAUCGACGGGUUUCUACUACUUCGCCAUUAUAGAAGAUCUGGCGCUACGCUUUAUUUGGGUGCUAUCUUUCUACCUCACCGAGAUGAAAAUAGUGAGCAGUGACAUUAUGACCUCCAUCACAGGCAUCUUGGAGGUGUUCCGGCGCUUCGUUUGGAACUUUUUCCGGUUAGAGAACGAACAUCUAAACAAUUGCGGUAAGUUCCGAGCCGUCCGUGAUAUCUCGAUAGCGCCGCUAGACUCAUCCGAUCAGGCGCUCAUCCUGCGCAUGAUGGACGAGUCAGAUGGCGUGAUCAAUCGCUAUACGAAGACGAACCGACCCAAGCCCAAGAAAGUCAAAGAUCCGGAGAAGCGUAGCUUGCUGCAAGCGCGCGGAUCGCUGCCCGAUCUCAGGAUCGAAAUGGACAGUAAGAAAUUGUAGGCAGCGAUUGCCGCCCACCGAAUUGUGCUUCCUAAUGAACGAUUUUUCGGAACGAGUUAUACGACAGUUUAUCAAUAAUUCAAUUUAUACAAUUUUUUUAUUUUAUAAUUAUUUUUUUUUUUUGCGUUGUUUAGCUAAUUUGUAUAUUUAGUCACUAAGUACUUAAAGUUGAGGAGAGACAAUGUCCAGCAAUAAUUAGUGCAUAAGAUUUCGAACUAAUUUAGCAUUCCAUUUAUGCGGUCAACUAACUAAAAAGACCUAUACCUAUAUCUAUAACCUAUACCCCUAACCGCUAGCCCCUAAGCCACAUUUCCACGGUUCCAAAUCCAAUUCGAAAUUCAUACCUUCCACAAAAUUUGAAGUAGCGAACGGCAGUAUUAGUACUUAGAAAAGGCGAACAAAAAUGCUGAACAGAAAGCGAAAAAAAAACAUCCUGCACCUCCUGCAGAGGCUCCACAUUCCUCUAUCUAUCAGUGUAUGUUCAUCGUUAGUCGAUUAGUUAGAUUUGCCUUAUCUGUUAUCUGUCUGUCCACCUGAUUGAUAUACGACAUAGACUGUGACCAAAACCGAAACUUAAUCUGAAACCUCAACUUAAACUGAAACCCGAAAGGAAUUGUACAUAAUGUAUACAUAUAGUUGUGCCUGUGUGUGUUUUGUCUCUCAGUGUGUGUGUGUGUGAGUCCCCGAGGUCUAGAAUUUGAAAGUAGAUUUGAUCAAACUGAAUGGAAAAUAUCGAGAACAGACUUAGAAAGUGCAACUUUGUAUAUACGAACAUAUUAAAGAUGUAUACACAUAGGCUUAAGAACAUUUUGUCAGAUAUUUAAUGAAGACUUUGUCAAUUUUUUGCCAUAAGUAGUACUUAGCUCGUGUUUUGAGCUUACCCUUUUGCCUUGUAAAAUACUUUAUUCCUAUGUGUGAAAUUGCUUUUGAUACUAAAAGAAGAAAAUAGUGCACAAAAUCAGAACUACUUAUCAAGAGAACUGCUUGUGGAAUCCCUAAAGAUUUCUAAAAGCAGGCAAUCAAAUAUUAUAGCAGCUCCUUUAUGGAUUUACAAAAAAAAACAUACAGCUUUGUUUGUAUUCUAGUUCACUAAUCAAGGCCUAAAUCUUAAAUAGUAAUAACUAAUCCACACACACACACGCAAUAUGUAUUGUACACCCUAGCAAGAAAUAACCGAAAAUGAACAAGAAACGAAAUAAAGACGGCUUUAAGUAUGCAGCAUAAAAAAAAACAAAAA